CCAACGAAAUAGGCACGUGGGAGAUUUGUAGGCGUUCAACAUCACAAUCAUCUUCAGCAAUACAGUAGGGACGUCCAGGAGAAUGGUGUCUGAUGAGAACCGUUUUCCCUGAGAGGCUGCUAUCACAUGCUGGCACAGCGCUUGGAAGCAGAAGGAAGCAAAGAGGAGUUGAGAACUGAAGCUGGGAGACUUGGCAGCUAAUUCAGAAGCACAAUUGUGUGAGCAGCCCCUUGGCAAGAGGACCCAGUGCAGCCUGUGACAGAACUGAGUGGAGAUGAUCCCAAGCUGAGAGUCACAACAGGAUCUGCUUUGAGUUCACCCAGCGACCUGCAGGCUCAUCCAGCACCCAGCACAGGAUGUCUUCCAAGCGACCAGCCUCUCCGUAUGGGGAAGCAGAUGGAGAGGUAGCCAUGGUGACAAGCAGACAGAAAGUGGGAGAAGAGGAGAGUGACGGGCUCCCAGCCUUUCACCUUCCCUUGCAUGUGAGUUUUCCCAACAAGCCUCACUCUGAGGAAUUUCAGCCAGUUUCUCUGCUGACGCAGGAGAACUGUGGCCAUAGGACUCCCACUUCCCAGCACAACACAAUGGAAGUUGAUGGCAAUAAAGUGAUGUCUUCGUUUGCCCCGCACAACUCAUCUACCUCACCGCUGAAGGCAGAAGAAGGCGGGCGCCAGGGCGGGGAGUCGCUGUCCGGCGCGGCGCUGGGCACCCCCGAGCGCCGCAAGGGCAGCCUGGCCGAUGUCGUGGACACCCUCAAGCAGAGGAAAAUGGAGGAGCUCAUCAAAAACGAGCCAGAAGAAACUCCCAGUAUUGAAAAGCUACUAUCAAAGGACUGGAAAGACAAGCUUCUUGCCAUGGGAUCAGGGAACUUUGGAGAAAUAAAAGGGACUCCAGAGAGCCUGGCUGAGAAGGAGAGGCAGCUCAUGGGCAUGAUCAACCAGCUGACCAGCCUGAGGGAGCAGCUGCUGGCAGCCCACGACGAGCAGAAGAAGCUGGCGGCGUCUCAGAUCGAGAAGCAGCGGCAGCAGAUGGAGCUGGCCAAGCAGCAGCAGGAGCAGAUUGCAAGACAGCAGCAGCAGCUUCUGCAGCAGCAGCACAAAAUUAACCUUCUUCAGCAGCAGAUCCAGCAGGUCCAGGGUCAGCUGCCUCCAUUGAUGAUCCCCGUGUUCCCUCCAGACCAGCGCACCCUGGCAGCAGCUGCCCAGCAAGGAUUCCUCCUUCCUCCUGGCUUCAGCUACAAGGCGGGAUGCAGUGACCCCUACCCCGUUCAGCUGAUCCCAACUACCAUGGCAGCUGCUGCCGCAGCAACGCCGGGCCUAGGCCCUCUCCAACUGCAGCAGUUGUAUGCUGCCCAGCUCGCUGCCAUGCAGGUGUCUCCAGGAGGAAAGAUCCCUGGCAUUGCCCAGGGGAGCCUUGGUGCUGCCGUGUCCCCCACCAGCAUCCACACAGACAAGAGCACAACCAGCCCUCCUCCCAAGAGCAAGGAUGAAGUGGCCCAGCCUCUGAACCUCUCAGCCAAACCCAAGACAUCUGAUGGCAAAUCUCCCACGUCCCCCACCUCUCCUCACAUGCCAGCUCUGAGAAUAAACAGUGGGGCCAGCUCACUAAAGUCCUCGGUGCCAGCAACACUAGCCAGUCCUUCGGCCAGAGCCAACACAAUAGGUUAUUUAAAUGACCACGACGCUGUCACCAAGGCCAUCCAGGAGGCGCGGCAGAUGAAGGAGCAGCUACGGAGGGAGCAGCAGGUGCUGGAUGGGAAGGUGGCCGUGGUCAACAGCCUGGGUCUCAAUAACUGCAGGACAGAAAAAGACAAAACAACACUGGAGACCCUGACCCAGCAGCUGGCAGUAAAGCAGAGUGAAGAUGGGAAGUUCAGCCACGCAAUGAUGGAUUUCAACAUGAGUGGAGAUUCUGAUGGGAGCGCGGGGGUGUCGGAGUCGCGGAUCUACCGGGAGUCGCGCGGGCGCGGCAGCAACGAGCCGCACAUCAAGCGCCCCAUGAACGCCUUCAUGGUGUGGGCCAAGGACGAGCGCAGGAAGAUCCUGCAGGCCUUCCCCGACAUGCACAACUCCAACAUCAGCAAGAUCCUAGGAUCUCGCUGGAAAGCUAUGACAAACCUAGAGAAGCAGCCAUACUACGAGGAGCAGGCCCGGCUGAGCAAGCAGCACCUGGAGAAGUACCCAGACUACAAGUACAAGCCGCGGCCCAAGCGCACGUGCCUGGUGGACGGCAAGAAGCUGCGCAUCGGCGAGUACAAGGCCAUCAUGCGCAACCGGCGCCAGGAGAUGAGGCAGUACUUCAACGUCGGGCAACAGGCGCAGCUGCCGCUGGCCACGGCGGGCGUGGUGUACCCGGGAGCCAUCGCCAUGGCGGGCAUGCCCUCGCCGCACCUGCCCUCGGAGCACUCGAGCGUGUCCAGCAGCCCCGAGCCCGGCCUGCCCGCGCUGCCCGGCGCCUACGGGCCCAAGGGCGACGAGCCGCUCGUCAAGGAGGAGCUGCAGCCCGACGAGGCCAACGGCGACGUCUAUGACGACUACGACGAGGAGGAGGAGGACCCCGAUGCAGACUAUGGCAGUGACAGUGAAAACCACAUGGCGGGCCAGGCCAACUGAUCGGGGCCGCCGCUCGCCCGCGGGACUCCAAGGAGGAAAGGAAACGGAUCAAUCAAUAAAGCCCCGUCUGGUUUAUCCUUGCCAGUGGCCAAGCACAUUAACUUUCUCAUACACUGACUGUUACUUUAACUGUUAGUCUUAACUAGUUGGGACAUCAGCUGACUAAUAGACAUCAGCCUGCAUCAGAGGAAAAAAGGCUCAGAAGAAAGGAAACGAAGACGACGACGACAACAACAGAAUGAUAUAAGCUAUGGGUAAAAUAAUGCCAGUAAUUCAGCUGCUAUACCCAAGCACUGAAGUCUUACCCGUUGACCUUUUAUUAUUAUUAUUUUUUUUUCAAAUAAACUUUAUGGCUGUUUGUUCUACAAUGUUCUAGAAAUUCUCACUCAGGUACACAGUGCCAACAAGUGGCUUGUGAAUGUGUUUUGUUGUUUUGUGCUACAGUUUAAAGAGAAAUAAUUUUUUUUUUUUUGGUAAUGCACCUGACAGGAAAAAAAAAAGAUAAAAUUCCUUUUAACCCCCUCUGUCUCCUCCUCCUCUUCUUCCUCUUCCUCCUCCUCCUCCUCCUCCUCCUCCCUGUCAAAUCUGGGUCAGAAGUGUGUGUGUGUGCGUGCCUGUGCGCGUGGCUGGCAAGGAAGGAAGUGGGGAGUCUUUCUGUUAACCCCAACAAGCAUUUCCUUUCAAGAGAGGACUUCUCUUCAUCAGUUGCACACCAUACUGAGUCUUUGAGCAAGUGCCAAAUUUGUACUAAAGCGCUGAACUAGUCCAAUUUGCUUUUUUUAGGUUGGUCUCUUCUCGUUUUGUUUUUCUUUGGCUUUUCAUUUGCUUCUUGCUCUGUCUGAAGUUAGGACAGUGUUAUAUCUUAGACAAUCCCUUGAAGAACCUGAUAUACCAGCAGCUGGUGAGAUUAGACAUAUAUUUUUGCUUUUGCUUUUUAAAGGAAACUGUAGGUGCUGUUCUCAGGUGAAAAAAAAAAGAGAGAGAGAGACAUAAGAAAUUUAGAGAAAAAUAUUUUAUGGUCUUGGAUUUUCAUGUGUGCGUGUUUAUGGUACUAAUAAGAAUAAUCUUGGACUAUCAUGAGCAAAAAGCAUGUUCCAGAAUGAAGUCCUGCACCCUCCAAGGGACUUGGUCUGUAAGAAACCUUUACUUUUAGUUUGCACUUCAAGUGGCAGCAUAAACAACAUAAAAGGCUUGUCCAAAAUGGGGUUUGUUCUGCACGGGACACUGGAAACAUUACCAAGUGCUGAGCAUAAUUAAGCUACCACCACUUGGGCCCAGUCCUGAUGAACUCGUCCCUUCAGGGUGGCUGAGUGCUGAUUUCUGAUUCAAAAGGCAAUUUUUUUUUUCACUGACUUCUUUUUCUCCUGUGCACUGGCAGAAAUCCCUCUUUCACAAAUGCAAUGUUUGUGUGGGAAGGAAGGCUGAUGGCUGUGAGGAGAUUUCCACAUUCCAGGUGGGGUUACAGGAACUCGGUGCAGUGCUGAGUUUUCCUCACUGCUGCCUGUCACAGCUGAAAUGUCAUUCUCUGUGCUGGACUAUUCCCAUUCUUGUUGUGGAGCACUGCCAUGGCUUGGGCAGCUCUGCCCUCCUUGGGCAGCCACAGCGUGAGGAAGGGCCUGGGAGCUGCUCUGGGAGGCCUUGGCAUCGUGCUGGGGCAAACCCUCCUCCGAAUUGUUUCUUCAGCUGAGGACGGCAGCUCUGUGCGCCUCGCAGUAAACCCCUGUCCCAGAGGGAGCUGCAGUGCUGUUGUCAUCCCCUCUGCCCUGUACAGCCAGCCCCGCACCGCUCAGUGGCACCGAGAGCCCAGCCAGGCACCCGCAGAGCCCUGUCAGCGCUGCUUGGCAGCCCUGGCUUCGCAAUCAGUCCCUCAGUCAGGCAGAUCCAGCCCUUGGUGCCAGGUGCAGGACCAUGAACAGGACAGCUAGGAGGGGGGAUGCCUUUCUUUGCCUCUGCAAUCCCACUUGAAGUGUAACCUGACCUCUGCAGACCUGUGCAAAGCAAAAAGCAAAUGCCAUCGAACACUUAGGACAAUACUCCCAUGUUUGGGCAUGUGACAGUUGCACCCUGCUACAUCUCUUUUCUUUUUCUCUGUUUUCCUCAUUUUGAUUUCCACCUCUGCUUUGAAAAAUUCUUUUCUGUUUUCUCUCUCUCAGAAGAUUUGCUCUGAAAUUAUGCUUGGAGUAGCUGAUCAUAUCCUCCGUGUCAGAGAGGGUUCUUUUCUGUUUGUAUUUUAUGACUGUGUUGGGGUUUUUUUUUUCAGUUGAACUGCCUCUUCUUGCUAGUGUUGAAUGGUAAUUAUAAUAAUAAUAAUAAUGGUCAGCUGUUCCCAGAUUAGUAAAUUAUGUAUAAUUUAUUUACAUCCCUCCCCUUUUUUAACUUUAUUUUAUUCUGUUCUAAUUUGGCAGUGCAGCAAAUGAAGCUGUUAGGCUAUUUAAAAUGGAUACCCCUCCCCACCUUACCUUUUUAUAUAUAUAUAAAUAUAUAUAUAUAUACAUAUGAAAACAAAUCGCUUCUUCUUCUGCUCACACCAUUUCUCUUUCUUUUAUUUUAAUUUUGGCCCCAGCCAUGUCAACUUCUGAUGUUUAUUAUGAUGGAGUGAAUUAAUGGGAGUGUUGUUUUCAAUCUUAAUUAACUUCUGCUCUCUCAUCACUCAUUUUAGUUAUUUAAUUACACCAGUCAUCUAGAGCCAAUUUUUUUGAAGCACUCUGUUUGGAUAAGAAGGAAGAAAAAAAAAUAGACAAUUGUUUUUAUAUCAUUGCUAUGUACAAUGUGAAAACAGAUAUUUGCUCCUUUUUAUUUUUUUUUUUUUUUUAACUUUCAAAUUCGUUCCCUGUCUUUGUGAACAAAUGACUUCUGACUCUCGUGGGUUCGCCACACAUUUGCUGGAUGCUUGAUUUCCACCACAGCUGAGCUGAGAGACUCUCUGGUUUAACUGUGUCACUGUGGGCCACUUUGUUUUAGCUCCAGGUAGGUGCCAGCGGGGCUUGCAGCGAGCAAGGGCUCGGUGGGAAGGGGUCCCUGGGCUUCGGUGGGACCAAGCUGCAGCCCUGGAUGCCCUGGGAGAGGCUGCUGGGGGCACCAGGGCUGGGCAGUGCCAGCUGUGCCCAGCCUGGUGUGCCCAGCUUGCUGUCCCUGGGCUCCAAGGAUGGGCAGGGAUGGGCAGUGCCCGCUGUCCCCAGCCCGGUGUCCCCAGCCUGGUGUCUCCAUCCUGAUGUCCCCAGCCUGGUGUCCUUGGCACAGUGGGACAGUUCCUGCUGUCCCCAGCCUGGUGUCCCCAGCCUGGUGUCCCUGGCACCGUGGUGUCACACAAAGCCCUCCCCAUCUCUCCCAGCUGCCCCAGCCAGGGCUGGCAACUCCGUGCGCAUUCCCUUGGAGAGGCUGUGCCCAGCCUGCCCUUCCCUGGGGCUGUAGCAGACUGUCCCCCUCCUCCGCCUUUGGGAUGUUGAAAACGAUGCAGAAAAAUGGUAAAAAGUAAAAAAAAAAUAAAGAGGCCAAAAGAUGAAGACAUAGAUUUUUCGGAAAUGGCUCUGGGGUUCCAAACCAGCAAAAUGCUUUUUAUGCCCGUGCUAAUGUUUUCUGAGGUCCAAGGAUGAGCACCCACAUGUCCUUCAGCAGUAGAAGAUCAGAUUUGAAAAUAGGGUACUGUCUGUCCCUCUUGACUUUUCUGGGGGAAAAAACGCUAAAAAACAAAAAAGCAAAAUAUGCAUUUAUAAAAAUUGUCUUGUCUUCUUUCUUUUUUUUUUUUUUUUUCCUGGGCUCUGUGCCCUGGAGCAUGUAGAAAAACCAGGUUAGAAGAGAUGAGGAUUUAUUAACCUAGAAGCUCACGGAGGCCCUGAUGCCAGGGUGGGCUCUGCUCCCAUGUUCCCUGGGAGCUGGAGAGGCAGGAGGGGAUCAGGCACCUCCUCCUGGAUGGGGGAUGCCACCAUGCACUCUGGGAGCUUGAGAAAAAGCAUCUCCAGCAGUGGGGAAAAGGGGAAAAGGAAGGAAAAAAACUGAGGCACUUGCUUCCAAGCUCAAUUAAAUAACACAGAGUAUAUCCUUUUUUCCAUUUAUUCAUGCCUUAUAUUAGUAAAAUAGGAUUUUUAAGUGCAUUUAACAUCUUUAUCUAACCGUUCCGCUGUAUUAAUCAGGCCCCCAGAAAAGAACACUAGCUAUUAUUAUAGCAUUUAAUUAGUUUUGUAACCAAAUCCUCUUAUUAUGAAUGCAUAUGGAAGAAAUUCUUUCUUCGAAGACAUUAUUUCAAAGAUUUGGUUACUGCAGCAGACUGUCUUUAAUUAAAUCAUUUUUUAGAAAGUAAAUUGUCUUUAACCUUUUUACAGCACAUUUUCAGAGCUUUUUCUUUUUAAUCCAAAGAGAUGAGCUGUUAUUGUCCCCGAAGAAGCCUCUGACACCGCGUUUGUAGCAUCAGAAGCAGUGAGACUCCGUGGGGCUGAGCAGGGAUCCGUGUGCUGCCAGAGGGGCAGCUGGGGCAGGUGUGGGGCACAGGACCCCUUGGUGACCACUGCUGUAGAACCACCCUCCAUCCUGCAGAGAACUCUGCCGUUCACUCAGUGUAUCCUCAAUUCACAGGGCACGGGCUGUCUGUUUAGCUUGGUUUAUAUUUACAUUUUUUCGACUUUAUCUUAACUUGUCAGUUUCCCAGAUUGAAGAACGUGUCAAGUUCGUUUUUUCUACUGACUGAUUUCUCUACUCCCCAGUGUUUUUUGUCACUGGUUUGCUGAAACAGUAUUUAUAUAGCUCCAUUGGCUCUAAAGCUCUUACUCCUUCUAACGUUUUGGAUUUUACAAGUGAAAUGAAAAUAGAAAAGAAAUAGAGACAAUCAAAUGCCUGGAGCUUAAAACAAAGUAUGUGCAACCUACCAUCUCACUUGAAAUUUAAUAAAAGAAAUAAUUAUGUAAAUAUAACAUAGAGUUAUAGAUUUAUAUUUUGUUCAUAACACAUAGUGUAAUAUAAGUUGUAUAUUUUCAUGUUUUGGUUUUAUGUUAUCAUUCAUGCCACAAUAAAUGAAAAAAAAACAGGAGUUGAUGUACUCUUUAAAAAAAAUACGAUGUGGAUCGCCACCAUCCUGGGAUUUUGGUUUUGGUUUUUGGGUUUUUUGUUUCUUUUGCAUUCCCCUUUUUCAGUAUUACUGCCCUGCAAGGCACCAAUAAAACAGCAAAUGUGU